AUGACCGCUUCAUUACUCCUCCACUCGCACUGGAUUGACCCGGUGAUGUUUCUUUACGACAACGGCUUGGAGGACAGAAGCAAGAACAUGGAAGGAUUUACUGGAGGCAAUUUUGCUGCAAACCAGUGCAGGAAUUUGCUAGCGCAUCCAACCUCGCUGGCUCCGAGCACCACCUACGCUGCGAGUGAGGUGCCAGUCUCUGGCAUGGGGGAGCCUGGCAAACAGUGCAGCCCCUGUUCUGCCACUCAGAGCUCGCCCAAUGCAUCUUUGCCUUAUGGAUAUUUUGGCAGCGGUUAUUACCCGUGUAGGAUGUCACACGGCAGCGUCAAGGCUUGCGCGCAGCCCUCUGGCUAUGGCGAUAAAUACAUGGACUCAUCGGUCUCUGGCGAGGAGUUCUCAACCAGGGCAAAGGAAUUUGCGUUUUAUCAGGGCUAUUCCUCUGCUCCUUACCAGCCCAGCUACUUGGACGUCCCUGUCGUACCUGCGCUGAGUGCUCCAUCUGAGCCAAGACAUGAAUCUCUGUUGCCCAUGGAGCCCUACCAGCCAUGGGCCAUCACCAAUGGUUGGAGUGGUCAAGUUUACUGCACCAAGGAGCAGCCGCAGUCAAAUCCUCUGUGGAAAUCCUCGUUACAAGACAAUAUAUCUGGUGGAGACAGCUCUGUCCGCCGUGGGAGAAAGAAGCGUGUGCCAUACACCAAGGUGCAGCUCAAAGAACUGGAAAGGGAGUACUCCGCCAACAAAUUCAUCACCAAGGACAAAAGGAGGAGGAUAUCCGCGCAGACAAAUCUGACAGAGAGACAAGUGACAAUCUGGUUUCAGAACAGGCGCGUAAAGGAGAAGAAAGUCGUCACCAAGUUCAAGAGCUCCAGCUAG